UCAGUCGAGUGCGCACCGUCAGGAAGGAAACUCUUCCAAAGGGUUAUUUAUACCCCGAACUCUGAUGUUAUUAGUCAUUACACUUUUUUAUAAAUCCAAACAAAUAUUAAAUCGUGCCUCGGUGGCUCGCGGAAGGAACAUGUUUCGAGCUGCUGUCUUGAGAUCACUUUUUCUCGUGUCUAUCGUGUCAUACUACUACCACUCAUCAGGGGCACGCGCAUCUCCUCGCUGGACAGAUGUCAAGGUCACUGGUAACUUACCAUAUGAGAAAGUAUCCCAUCGGCUUCGGCGCCAGGUAGUUACUCCAUCAGGCAAACAAGAUGGACAAGGAUGCGUCGGGGAUGAUCAGUUUACAUGUCUUGGAGGAGGUAUCAUUUGUGCAGAUCAGCGAUGUGAUGGCCACCCUGACUGUAAGGAAAAAGAUGAUGAAGACGGCUGCGAUUGCAUGGAAACCCAAUUCCGGUGUGAUGGUGCCAAAUGUAUAGAAAAGUCACAGGUAUGUGAUAGGGUGAAAGAUUGUGGGGAUAACAGUGAUGAAGAGGAUUGUCCCACAUCAUCUUUACCCUACACUACAUCAUCAGUGUCUUCAGUUCACUGUCGUGAUGACCAGGCACCAGCAUUGUGUGAAGAUGGUAAAACAUACGCUUGCUAUUGUGAUGGUAUAGUUGAUUGUGAAUAUGGAGAAGAUGAAGUACCCAGCAGGUGCUCAGGUCAAGGUUGUAUUGGAGAUACCUUUGAAUGUGACUCGGGACAAUGCAUUUCAAAUAGCAAGAAAUGUGAUGGUGUGCAAGAUUGCUUGGAUGGUUUUGAUGAAAUUGGAUGUCCAUCUCUUUCAACACCACAAGCUUCGACCACUACACUUGAAACCACAUCUUCCGUUGUUCCAUCUUCACCCAGAAAUCCUACAUCUACCCUGUCAACAACAACCCAUCCUGUAAACCCUUCAACUCUACCUAUGAGUGGAUAUUCUUCACCCGCAAGUAUUUCAAGUGGUUCUUCUGCAUUUGCAGCCACCACUAUUACAUACUCAACUACAGCCUUGACAUCUGCAGUCUCAUCCACCAAUCCAACUGCAACUUCUACUAGCAAUCCAGCAGUUACAACUCAUACAACAUCUUCAUCAACUAUUACUUCAGUUCCAGCCACCACUAUUACAUACUCAACUACAACCUUGACAUCUGCAGUCUCUUCCACAAAUCCAACUGCAACUUCUACUAGCAAUCCAGCAGUUACAACUUAUACAGCAGCGUCUUCAUCAACUAUUACUUCAGUUCCAGCCACCACUACGACACACUCAACUGCAACCUUGACAUCUGCAAUCUCUUCCAAAAAUCCAGCUGCAGCUUCUACUAGCAAUCCAGCAGUUACAACUUAUACAACAGCAUCUUCAUCAACUAUUACUUCAGUUCCAGGAAAUUGUGGACCAUAUUCAUGGCGAUGUCGUGAUAGUUCUUGCAUACCAGAUGUCAAUCGCUGUGAUGGCUUAGGCCAUUGCCCUGAUAACUCUGAUGAAGAAGGAUGUUCAACCGAUAAUUGUGGACCAUAUUCAUGGCAAUGUCGUGAUAGUUCUUGCAUACCGGAGGUCAAUCGCUGUGAUGGAAUAGGCCAGUGCCCUGAUAACUCUGAUGAAGAAGGAUGUUCAGCUGGUAAUUGUGAACCGCAUUCAUGGCGAUGUCGUGAUGGUUCUUGCAUACCAAAGGUCAGUCGCUGUGAUGGCGUACCCCAUUGUCCCGAUAACUCUGAUGAAGAAGGAUGUUCACCAGGUAAUUGUGGACCAUGUUCAUGGCGAUGUCUUGAUAGUUCUUGCAUACCGGAGGUCAAUCGCUGUGAUGGUGUAGCCCAUUGCCCUGAUAACUCUGAUGAAGAAGGAUGUUCAACAGGGUUGUUUUCAGUUUAG